UGCUGCCCACCAACCCAUGAACAUCAUCUUCCACAUGCGAUUCGAUGCAGGAUUCAAACGGCCGCCGAUAUGCGCUAUCUCCACGACUUGAAUGUCCAAAUAUCGCAGAACCGCCGCUCCGUUUCCGUCUCGAAGCAACUGGACCGGGACCUGUGCAAUCAGCAUUUCGACACCUUCGAAACGUUUUGGGGACGGCCAGGACAUGGGGCCCGCGGCGACCACAUCAACAAAUUAAAACUGGACAAUCUGCUGUACGGCGCCAGCGAAACCUCCUGAAGCUCUUGGUCCGGAUGAUGGGUGCUUAGAGACAUGGAUAAGGUUACAGACACGACUAUGGACACACUGCCUCCCCCACCCA